GGUGUCAGCCUGUGGAAUGCAUCCGGUGCGAUCCGUCAAGGCUCUACGGCUGACAGCCGCGUUGUCGUCGCCGCUUUGCGGCUAGCUGGAUUUCGCCUCAUGGAAGCAGGGCUAGAACCUAAGCCUGACACUGAAGGUUGGGAAGAAGAUCAGAAUUCUCGCGUGAUUGUCGCUCAUUUUGUUCUAUCAGCAUUAUUACAUAUUCUUCAAAUUGCGAGUAAGACUGGCGCAACCCUGUCCGAACUCGGUCACAAUGACGCCGCAUCGGGCGUGCUUGGUUGUGCUGCGAAGUAUGAAGAAGCGCUGAGAAAUAUCGACGACCCGAGUGGCACAAAUCAGCAAGCCAGGGCAUGUGUUACAACUGUCUACCUCUCAACCAGAAUGGAAGCAGCUUGGAGGGAAGGAAAUGAAGGGUUAGCGGCCUUUAUGGCUGACAAAGUCACAGGUUUCCCAUUCGGUCGACAUGCUUCUCAUGGUAAACAUUUUCAGCGAGAGACGCUGGCGACUAAGCUUCUUGACAUUGGCAAAUCGCUUUUGAGAAGUUGCUAUCAGGAUAGCAAAUUGACAGAAGAAAGUAAGGCUAACGAGGCUAUUCGAUGGAUGCAGAAGGCAUUUGCUGUCAUCGAGCCUCUCGAUUGCGUGACCAACGCCAAGCUUGCUGAGCUUAAGAGAUCGGUUCUCAGGAGUCUGGCCCGUGGCUACUUCUUGUCAUCAUCCCAGGAUCCAGAGAAUUUGAUCAGAGCGGAAACCGCGCUAGAAGAAGUUAUUGCAACUAUCGAUCCUUCUGUAGACAACGUAAGCUCCGAAUAUCAGCAACUCCGAUGGAUGAAGUUGGCUGUCAUAAAGCGGCGAAAAGUUGGAGAUACUGUUCUUCUUCAAGCUUUACAAGCCAUCAUUGACAACCUGACAUAUUCAGAAAGUAAUCUUACCGAUGUCCUACAGGAACUUCGGACGCUUUCUCAGCAUCACCAAUUAGUCACGGGUACAAUUCAGUACUGCCUUCAUCGGGCCAUGCAGUGCUCUUGGAGCACAGAUGCCGUGGAAAGGCUUCUCAUAUCUCUCAUAUUCCAUUGUUCCAGAGAUGACCAACACGACAGGGCGAUACAAGAUCUGCAUGCAUCUUUCAAAGAAUUGAGUGACGUGGAAUUCGAACUUCUUAAAGCUCCGGCCACAGCUUGCAUUACGCUUAUAUGGCAAUACGGUGAUCGCCAUUACCAUGCGGGACGAUGGAAAGAGGCCGCGGAUUGGUUCAGCUGUGGCACACAUUCCAUAUUUACAUGUCUGGGUCCCGUCAGCAGCUCUAAGUGUUUUCGGAAGGCUGCACUAGCGUAUCUAAAGCAAAAGGACUACGCACACGCGGGGUCCACUAUCCGCCGUUGUCCUGACACAGAAGCCACGACGCAAUAUGUAAUGUUUCUUAUUGCGGUUUAUCAAGGACUGGAAGACGAAGCGAUCAAUUCGAUACGCAACAUGGUGCACGCCGUGAACUUCGAUCGCAAGAUGAUUUUAUUGGCCUGCCGGCUGGCACAUGACUUGGACAUGAAAAAACUUCUUCUGAACGUGCUAAAGGCUCUUCUGGAAACGCUAAAUCUCCGAGAGAGCGUGGAGAACAUCAUUGAAGCCAUGACGUUAGUAAGAUGUAUUAUUAGGCUUAUCGUUAAACUCCUUGGAGAACCUGCUGCCGAUUUAUUGGUUGGUCGAAACUUGUGGACCAUUCAUACGUAUCCUAACGCAGUGGCAGCGGUGACUGUUGCAGAAUCUUGUGAACAGCCUGCCAUACUUACCAGAGAUAUAUCCUGGCUCUGGAGGACUGCAUAUAACUGUGCUAUCCAAGCUUGUUCAGAUUGGGAAGACAGAGAGGAUCAAAUAUCUGACAUCUUUGACGCGGCGAGACGACUUCUCGAGCUCUACACUCUACAUGCAACUGUCGAUGUAGACCAGACUAUCUAUGUUUACAUUGUGAAUGCAUCAUUCGCAUCUGCCUCGGGCCGUGGUACGCACCCUCAUCUUCUUUCGAAACCUUCUACUGAUUUGUUUCAGUCUGAAAAAUACCGCGAUCUGUUCAACAACGUCAAUCAAUCAUUACAGCGCAUACACAAGGUUUUACGAGAGGGAAAGAUCUCGCAGGAGGAUGUUCCUCGACUCGAGUCAUCCUUGCAGAUCUUACGAGUUUUCAUCGUCGAAGCGGCAUCUCACCUGUCAGAUUGGACUACGGUUCUUGCUACAAUUGAGGAACGGUUACGAUUCCCAUCAAUAAAUCAGACAGAAACUUAUUCUGCAUACAGGAGGCAUCUCGCUCCGAUCUGGGAAGAUAAAAACUGCCCCAUACACGUCCUUUUCACAGCGCUAGAGGCCACACUUCACGCGUGUUUGGCCCGCGGGCACUUUUCUCUGGAAAAAUUCUCUCGUUGGCUUCGAGCGAUGUGCAUUAUACUACUGACAAGAGCGACAGGACCCGAUCGAUCCAAAGCAAUUGGCUACGUGGAUCAAGCCAUCGCUGUCCUGGAGGAGCAUGGCGACGCUAGGGACGGCGGUGAUCUGCUCUAUCCUCUGGACGAGCGUCAGUGGCUCCUGAGCACGGCAUACAACACUGGCCUCGAGUGUCUUCAUGCAUCCAUGGUCGAUGAAGCAAAGCGUUGGUUCGAAUGCUCCACCAUUAUCUGUCGCUUCGUUCCCGAUGGUAGGCAACGCGCAGAAAAGGUAGGCGAAAUACGAUAUAAAAUUAGACUUCACCACAUCCAGCAACAGAUAUCGACAACCUAUAGCGACCUCUUAGCACGCUACCCGACUAGAUGA